CAGGACGUCUCCUGCUGGAAGAAAUGCAACACCCACAAACCUUUCCAGUGCUCCUGGCCGCCCCUCGGCCCUGCCGGCAGCACCUCCUACACCCUGAACCUCUGCUUUGAGAAGCGCAGGCUGUGCCGCUGGUUUGAGGCGGGCACGGUGACCAGCUACAGCCCCUCGCAUCGCCAAGUGUACGUCUUUGAUAACACCACGGCCUGGGUGGAGGCACGCUGGGGGGACCAGGUCCGCAGGACCCCCAACCACACCCUUCACCUCAACGAGGCUGUCAAACUGGAUCCACCUCCUGCUGGGAUGCCCUUCUCCAAGACCAGUGGGCAGCUGAGGGUGCGGGUGCCACGGCCACAGUGCCACGGCCUGGAGCAGCCACCACAGCACGAGGCUCGCUUCUGGAGGGUGGGGGACAGCAGCUGGACACAGGUGACAUGUGAGACAGUGAUGGUGACAGCUGAAGAAGACUCAGUGACCUGUGCCCUGGGGGUCAACGGCACCUUCGUGGUCCAGCUCCGGCACAAGCCUCCCCACUGGAGCAGCUACUGGAGUGACUGGAGCAGCAACAUCUCUGUUCCUGAGGAAAUCCUGAGGAAGCCGGUGCUGAGCCAUCAACUGGGCAAACUGGGGAGAGACGGGCAGCGGGUGCUGAGGCUGAGCUGGCAGCCUGUCCUCGAGGAGCAAAGGGAUGUCACCUACCAGCUGGACGUCAACAUGUUGGCGUGUGGCUGUGCAGGGUCAGACGAGGAGGACACGGUGGUGCUGGGUGGGGAGGUGACAGAGCACAACCUCACCCUGUCCGGGGCUGAAUACGAAAUCCUGCUGAGCGCCGUCAACGCCGCGGGGCCGGGGCCCGCCCGGCAGCUCCGUGUGCCGGCAGAGCAGCAUGCAGGUACCCCCCCUCUAGAACUGCUGAGCUCCCUGGCGGCCCUCAGGGCGUUAUUGUUUCCCAAACAUGCCCCGUUUCACCCAGAUCUCAGCUUCAAGGAGAUCAGCGUGGCCGGCAGCGCCGUGACGGCGCAGUGGGAAGCGCCGGUGCCCGGUGAUGCCUUCUGCUUCGAGCAGCAGACUCUGCCAGAGGCUCCGAAACAGGGAAUCUGCACCCUGCAGGAAUUCCCUGCCAACAGCAGCCACGUGCAGAGAGGAGAGCUGGGAGCGCCGGGCUGUCACCGCCUGGCCGUGCACGGCUGGGACGCGGAGCGGGGCUGGGCCACCUUCGCGCUGUGGCACCGCUACGCCAGCAACGAGUCGCUGGACGUGCCCUUCACCCUCAGCACCGGGCAGGCCGCGGCUGUUCUCCGCUGGGAGCCGUCCCCACGCGCCGCCUGCCCCGGCGCCCUGGCCAAGUACCUCGUCUGCCACGCGGCCGAGGGGGACACCGUGACCUACAGUGAAGUGGAUGCCACGGCAACAAAUUACACCCUCCAAAACCUCCGGCCUGGCACAGGCUACAGGGUGGGUGUUUGGGAGGUGACAGAGGACAGCGAGAGGACCUGUAGUGCUUGGUGGCCCUUCCAGACCAAGGCACUGGGUCCCCAAGGAGCACCAUGGAGAGGCAACCUGAAGUACCUGGGCAUCUCUCUUGGCCUCCCCGCUGCAGCCGCCAUCUACCACCUGAGCAAAAGGAGGGCUCGCCGCCUCCUCUUCCCACCCCUUCCCAAGCCCGUGGGCACCAAAGCCAUUCAGUUCUCGGCCGGCGAGGUGAGCCAGGUGAGGUGUGAGGUGCAGGAGGGGGCAGAUCCCACAGAUCCCACAGCCCCAAACACGAGAUGUUCCACCCCAAGCCCACUCAACCCUUAUGGCCAGCCCCGGACAGGCCUCCUGGAGCCCUCGGAGAGGUUCAGCCCAGCCGAGCUGCUGCUGCUGGAGCCGAAUCCCAGCGAGGAGACGACUGACACGGGCACCCAGACUUCGGGGCCGCUCCCCGAGGUGUCACAGCCUGGCCCCACGCUGGAAAAGCCGCUGGCAGCGGUGAUGUCCCCGGUGGGCUGUGGGGAGGAGCUGCCCUUCGCCUACCGCAGGCAGGAGAUGCUGAGCCCGGUGGGAUCUUCACCCUCUGGCAGCACCAGCUGCAGCGGGCACCCACCCCCAGAGGAGGAGGAGGAGGAGGAGGAGGAGGAGGAGGAGGAGGGAAGGCAGGGGCUGCACCAGCCGCUGGUCCCCAUUGCCCUGCUCAUCUCUGACAAGCCCAUCAUCAUCAGGGGUGAGGAAGGAUGGGAUCCCUCACUGCAGCAGUCGGUGCAGCCAUCAGCAGGCUGGAGCAGCGGGGAUGGACACGGGGGGUGUCCCCUGGAGUGAGUAGUGAGUGUGGGACGCUGAGUGCCCAGUCCGGGGGUGGCACCGCCACUCUCAGGGCGGUUUCUGCUCUCCAGGGCACGGCUGGCAAUGCCUCUGGGUGCAGCAUUGCACCGGCUCAGCUUUUGGCCACGUAAUUUCCAGCCUCAACAUUUCACCAGCGAUAAAACCUGAGCGAAGGCGGCUGCAGAGUCUGGCCAGGAUUGGGAUUUCUAUGCCUGGAUUGGGAGGAGAGGCAGAACUUCAUCCCAGCCAGCUGCUACCUCUGGAACCAGUAGGG